AGUUCAAGCUGCUCAUCUAGCUAAUCGGUAUGGAGAUGAUGAAGAUUUUAGUAUAGAAAUUUGCAAAAUUCCCGCACUUGCUUUUCUGCCUCUAGAUGAAAUUCCUAAUGCUUUUAAUGAGUUAAAAGAUAAUAUUGAUAUUUCAGAGGAAGCAAAUUCAAUUAUUGAAUGGUUUGAGGAAAACUAUAUUCAUCGCAAAGUAAAACGAGUAUCCAAAAAUAGGCAUGUGACUUGGAGAACCCCAUUAUUUCCACCUUCUCUCUGGUCAGUUUAUGAAAAUAAUGAAUAUGAUUUUCCUAGAACUAACAAUUCUGUUAAGGCCUGGCAUAGAAGGUGGGCAACUCUAAUUGGCAAGAAAGAUUUAAAUAUCUUUAAAUUUAUACAAGAAAUUCAAAAAGAACAACAUCGAGUCUAA